AGGGAGUUCACGGAGGACGCCCUCAUAAUGCACGUGACACACAAGCAGUCUGGAGUGAAGUGUACGAGGCUGUUCAAGAGGACGUAAGGCAUUCUCUGCGCCCCCAGCUCUCCGUCAGGUGGCGCCCGCACCGGCUGAGGUCACCAUGCGUCUGUGCCCUGGAGGACCCCUGAAGGAAGCCCACGACGAUAGCGAGGACAGGCCCUUGGUGAGCCUGUUCAGCUCCCACCCUGACCUGAUGCAGUUCCUGAGUGUCAUAGGAUUCCUGGCCGUGGAGGAGGACUCUGCGGGAUCCUUCCACGUGCACGGGGCCAAGAUGGUGUGCGGGGGUAUCCUGGUGUUGGGCGCCAGUCUGACCUACGUGAAAACUGACGUCCUGGCUGUCCAGAAAUUUGAUCUGUACGAGAGUCUCCUGCAUUCACUCAUCAGUUACAUCGAGGUGGUGUUCACGCUUCUAACUUGGCUGUGUCUCGUGUUCCACCGCCAUCAGAUCUGUGCCUUCCUCACCGCACUGGGCAGGACCUUUAAACCUUCUUCCCUUGCGUGCAGGAUUGUGUUCCUUGCCACAGCCGCGUCCUAUGUAACCUUUGUAUCCCUGCAGCUCUAUAUUGAAAGGGCAAAUCUAGCUUACUCUAUCAACGUCAUCUUCGUAAGCUUCAUGGUGCCCUCUGCUCUCGAUCUGGCUUUUGUCAAGGUGCUCAACGGGGUGGGUAUGUCCUACUCUCGUGUCCUGGCCUCCCUCUCCACGCCCACUCACCCCCCCAAGAGUUGUUUGUUUGGUGUCUCCUCUGUCCACUGUGGGUGUGAGGUGAGAGAUAACGAUAGCGAUCACACUGGGACCCUAUCGGUGAGUGACCUGAGGGAGCAUUGUGACCACCUGGCCGACCUUAUUCACCUGCAAAAUAAGGCCAUCUCCUUCGUGGUGAUGUGCCGCGUGAUGAGGUUCCUGGCGAGGUCACUGGUGCUGGGUUACCACUCCCUCAUGACCCUCGGAAGCCCUCUCCCUGUGGUGCCCAUCUUAUACAUUACUGAUGAGACUCUCCGCUUCUACGCCAUCUGUUGCUCUGCCGACUGUCUCAAGAAGAAGCACCAAGACCUCGAGGACGCAGUGUGGGUCCUACAACACCACCCAUUCACGCCCACAGCCCACCGCCCACAUCUUGACGCUCUCGCCCUUCGCCUCGCCGCCCGCCCCGCACACCUGCCUCUCUGGUCAGGUGUGCUAGGACGCGCCGCCUUUGUCACGUGUAUUAACAUUAUCUUCACCUAUGCAGCACUAUUGAUGCAGUACCGCCCCAUUGUGUACCAGAAUAGAGCAAAUGGUACACUUUCUCAGGGCAGCCUUCACGCCGCCGCCCGGUGCCGCGUGUUCUCUCCUGCACGAGAACUGGCGUCAUUUCCAGGUAAACUCAUACAACUUGCUCGAAUGGCGCGUGUGUUAUUGUGUACAGUGGGUCAUAAAAGUGUCCAGCCACAGGUGCCACAGGUCAAUUUAACACAGGUAAAAAAGAUAUAUGGCAGGUAUUGAGUGAGUGUGGGUCUCUGGCGGUAAGGAGAGGCAGUGUUGGAGACCUUCUUUUCUCUCUUUGAAUGUCUCUUCUUUGUUCAGGUUGACAAUAACACCUUCUGCCUGUGAGGUUUUCAUAUGAGUCAGUUUAACACAGGUGAGGAAGGUUUACGGCAGGUAUUGAGUGAGUGUGGGUCUCUGGCGGUAAGGAGAGGCAGUGUUGGAGACCUUCUUUUCUCUCUUUGAAUGUCUCUUCUUUGUUCAGGGUGACAAUAACACGUUCUGCCUGUGAGGUUUUCAUAUGAGUCAGUUUAACACAGGUGAGGAAGGUUUACGGCAGGUAUUGAGUGAGUGUGGGUCUCUGGCGGUAAUGAGAGGCAGUGUUGGAGACCUUGUUUUCUCUCUUUGAAUGUCUCUUCUUUGUUCAGGGUGACAAUAACACCUUCUGCCUGUGAGGUUUUCAUAUGAGUCAGUUUAACACAGGUGAGGAAGGUUUACGGCAGGUAUUGAGUGAGUGUGGGUCUCUGGCGGUAAGGAGAGGCAGUGUUGGAGACCUUCUUUUCUCUCUUUGAAUGUCUCUUCUUUGUUCAGGUUGACAAUAACACCUUCUGCCUGUGAGGUUUUCAUAUGAGUCAGUUUAACACAGGUGAGGAAGGUUUACGGCAGGUAUUGAGUGAGUGGGGGUCUCUGGCGGUAAGGAGAGGCAGUGUUGGAGACUUUCUUUCCUCUAUUUGAAUGUCUUCUCUUUGUUCAGGGUGACAAUAACACGUUCUGCCUGUGAGGUUUUCAUAUGAGUCAGUUUAACACAGGUGAGGAAGGUUUACGGCAGGUAUUGAGUGAGUGUGGGUCUCUGGCGGUAAUGAGAGGCAGUGUUGAAGAUCUUGUUUUCUCUCUUUGAAUGUUUCUUCUUUAUUCAGGGUGACAAUAACACCUUCUGCCUGUGACGUUUCCACAUUAACUACUGACCAUAAGCCGUAGGGUCAUCUUGUGUCUGUAAUCCUCGUCUCGACACUCAAUACAUGAAGCACCGGUACUCUGGAGACACUGAGACAAGCAGGCUUACCAACGCUACUCCCACUCUGUCAGUCAGCCACACCUUGUCAAGACUUGCCUUCACGCCUGGCCGGGCACUUUUUUCAGCCGUUGUACGUGUGUGUGUGUGUGUGUGUGUGUGUGUGUGUGUGUGUGUGUGUGUAGCGUGUUAGAUUGGACGUGCGUGUGUUGUUGUGCACGUGUGUGUGUGUGUGUGUGUGUGUGUGUGUGUGUGUGUGUGUGUGUAGAUUAGAUUGGACACGUGCAUGUUGUGAACGUGUGUGUAUGUGUGUGUGUGUGUGUGUGUGUGUAUGUAAGGUGAUGAAAGAAGAAAAGGGGCAGAAAAGUAAACAAAAAGAGCUAAAUUUCCUGAAUGAAUGAGAAAAAAAGGAAAAACAAAACACAUUGCUAGUAAUAAUAAUAAUAAUAAUAAUAAUAGUUGACAGAUAAUAAAAUAAUGAUCUACAAAUUUGUCUAACUUCUCAAGACACAAUACUGACUCGGCACUAACAACCUGAUUGGUGGAGCUGUUCAGUCACCCGCCACUCCAUUAUCAACCAGU